UCUUAAUUUUCUUCUACAUACCAAACACACCCUUCUAAGACCAAAGAAGGGAGAAUUGUUGGUCUCCCUUUCUCUCUUCCACCACCCAAAUUCACACAUCCUAGCCACUCUUGGUACUCCAAUCUCUUUUUCUGCUUCUGAAAAUGCCGAGUAUCUUUGUCUUUCUCCUCGUUCUGGGCCUGUUUAAAUAUGCAUUGGCUGAAGAUGGGUUUUGCUCUGCUCCUUCAGUUCUUAGCUUGGAAUCAGAAUCGAAGCCUCUUUAUUGGAAAGCUGCAAACCCCACUCUCAACAUUCAAGAUUUUCCUGGAUUCACACGCAGUGUUUAUAAGAGAGAUUACGCCUUGAUAUCACCAGAGAGUCAUGUAUAUAGCCCGUUACCUGAUUGGAUAAACACGUCUGGGGCAUAUUUAAUUUCACCGGAAAUGGGCUCUCACUUUGUAAUGUACCUUGCUAAGCUGAAAGAGAAUUCAAAAUCUGGAUUACCGCUGCAUGAUGUGGAGAGAUUCAUCUUCGUGGUCCAAGGUUCUGUCAUGCUCACUAUUGCUCCUGGUGUUAGCCAUAUACUGAAGGUUGAUUCUUAUGCUUAUUUGCCUCCAAAUUCUGAACAUUCAAUUGAAUGUGAUGCUUCUGCCACUAUUGUGAUAUUUGAACGAAGAUAUGCUCCACUGCCAAAUCAUGUCCCGGAGCCACUGGUUAAUUCAACAGAUAAGCAGCCACUCCUUGAAACUCCAGGCGAGGUUUUUGAACUGCGGAAGCUACUUCCAACAUCUUUGGCAUAUGACUUCAAUAUCCAUAUUAUGGAUUUUCAACCUGGAGAGUUUCUCAAUGUGAAGGAGGUCCAUUAUAACCAGCAUGGUUUGCUGCUAUUGGAAGGGCAAGGCAUUUAUCGCUUGGCUGAUAGUUGGUACCCGGUUCAAGCGGGUGAUGUAAUUUGGAUGGCACCAUUUGUCCCACAAUGGUAUGCUGCCCUAGGGAAAACUCCAACACGGUAUCUUCUGUACAAAGAUGUCAACAGAAGCCCAUUGUAAUUGUGAUUUUGAUAGACUGUUGGAUAAGUGACAUGAAUAAUAGUGGCCACCUUAUUUGAUGAUCUAAAUAAAAGUUGUUACUUGGAUACA